AUGGCCAAACUCAUAGCCUUCUCUGCUCUUUCCACAUCAGGCAGCCUCGAGCAUGCCCAAGCCAUCUUUGAAGAGGCCUCUAUGGACAAUUACUUCAUCUGUAAUACCAUGAUUAGAGCUUACUCUCAGAGCGUCUUCCCCAUCAAAGCUGUUCUUCUCUAUAAUCAGAUGCAAUGCAUGAAUGUCAGGUCUGAUAAUUUCACGUACCGGUUUGUGCUCAGGGCCUGUGCUAGGGUUUUGUUGAGGAAAGAAGAUGAAAGGCACGAUGGUUCUGUUAUUGCUCAAAAGGGAGCUGAGAUUCAUUGCAGGGCUCUUCACUCGGGUCUCGUUUGUGAUCAUUUCGUUCAAAAUUCCUUAAUCUAUAUGUACUCGCAAUGCGGGUUUCUUAAUCUCGCACGUCGAAUAUUUGAUGAAAUGUCGGAUAGGACCGUAGCUUCCUGGAAUAUCAUGAUUGCAGCGUAUAAUAGAAUUAGCGAUUUUGACUCAGCCGAUUUAUUGAUGCAGUCGAUUCCUGUGAAAAAUGUGGUUUCUUGGAAUACCCUGCUUUUCCGUCUUGUUAAGAUGAACGAUAUUGAAGGUGCAAGAAGGUUGUUUGAGGAAAUGCCUGAGAAGGACGCUGUUUCUUGGAAUUCACUAAUUGCUGGUUAUGUCCAGAAUAAGGAUUACCGUGGGGCAUUGGAGCUGUUUCAUGAAAUGCAGGUCAACGGAGUUGAGGCCACAGAGGUAACACUUAUAUCUGUGCUGGGUGCAUGUGCAGAAACGGGGGCUUUGGAGAUUGGUAGGAAGAUUCAUGAUUUUUUGAAACAAAAAGAAUUGAAAAUUGAAGGAUUCUUGGGAAAUGCCCUUGUUGAUAUGUAUGCCAAGUGUGGAAUCUUGAAGUUUGCUUGGGAAGUUUUUAAUGGAAUGAGGAUGAGGCAUGUGAGCUGCUGGAACUCAAUGAUUGUGGGCUUGGCUGUUCAUGGUUACAGUGUAGAAGCUUUAGAGUUGUUUUCAGCCAUGGAGAAGGGAGUUGAUGAUGCUAGACCUAACCGGGUUACAUUUAUUGGUGUUCUAAUUGCUUGUAGCCAUAAUGGUAUGAUCGAAGAGGGUCACCGGUUUUUUAGCCGUAUGAUUGGAAAAUACAAGAUCAGGCCUGAUAUCAAGCAUUAUGGAUGCAUGGUUGAUCUUCUUAGCAGAUGGGGUUUGCUGGAAGAAGCUCAUCAAAUUAUUAAGACGAUGCCAUUUGAUGCAAACUGUGUGCUUUGGAGGACAUUGUUAAGUGCUUGCAGGGUCCAUGGGAAUGUGGAAUUAGCAGAGGAAGCCUUUAGGAGGCUUGCUGACUUAGAAUUUGUUAGAGAUGGAGAUUAUGUUUUAAUGUCAAACAUUUAUGCUGAAGCUAACAGAUGGAAUGAUGUUGGAAGACUGAGGAGGGAGAUGCUUAACCAGGGUGUCCUGAAGAAACCUGGUUCCAGCCAAAUUGAGGUAAAGCAAUUAAAUACUGUUUUGAAUUGA